GCAGCGAAUGGAGCAAGUCCCUGCUGCGGCAGCCCCUCUCUUUCUAAAUGAGUGAGCUGUACAAUGCCCCCGAGGCCGUUACAGAGACAGAGGCAGAGAGAGAGAGAGAGAGAGAGAGACGGAGAAGACGGGAGGCAGGAAACAGACCCUGAAGUAAAGUAGAGAGGCGCUCGCUGCUGUCAGUGAAGUGAAGAGGUCUGAAGUGAAACACGCGUCCUGUCUCGGCGCUAGAGAGAGAGAAAGAGAGAGAGAGAGAGGUAGUGAAAGACAAGCUUCUGACAAACAGUGCCUUUUUGAGUUCCAACGUAUUGGGAGCCACAACACUGCCUUGCCACAAAUCUUCAUAAUCAAAGGACAGCGCUGUGACGUCUGGAUCAUUUUCAAACACAAAGAGGAUUGCCAAAAAGCAACUAACUUUUAUAUUCAAACGAAAUUCAGAAAAUAAGAAGCCUUCAAGGGGAGAACUUACAAAAGUGGAAUUCAUUUAAACUGUAUGUUUGUGCUUCACUCCCUGUGGAUACAGAUAUUGCUUUUCGUUGGCUUCCACUUAUAAAAAAAGAGAAAAGGAGCAGGAAAAGGAGAGAGAUCAGUCUGACUGAGUAAGUAAAGUGUUCCUACUUCAACCUUUGGGCCGGUGUCCUGCGGGGUGACCAGGCGGAGGGCAGAGAACGGGGGAGGGGUGAAGGAAGCCAGAGCCUUCCUUCAAUCUCCUGGGCAGGAGUUUUCCAGUCAGAACUAUCCCCUGACAGGAUUCAGGACCCAUAAGACAGCAAUAUUAAAAUCUUUUGCAUGCUUGUCACUUUGCAAGAAAAGUCACCAUUGAUGGCAGUUGAUGGUGAAGGAUCCCUUAUAACAGAUGCUGAGGUUUUUCAGGAAUCAUUGGCUGCUUGAUUCAAUUGUCACACAUGCUGGAUUCAGGGCAGUUUUUCUCUAAAUCUGGGAUUUGACAACUACCCCAAGUUUCCCCUCAUUUCCUCUGAAGAUGUAUACUACCACCUUGUACAUGCCCAAUGUCACUUCAAUGGAAUACAAUGCCACUGUUGAAGGGGAGGAGGUGUGCACCAAGAAUGAUGGAUUCAAGUAUAUGCUGUACAGCACUGUAUUUAGCAUUGUGUUUGUGGUGGGGCUGCUCACCAAUGUGGCAGCCAUGUACAUUUUUUCCUGCUCGUUGAAACUGCGCAACGAAACCACCACCUACAUGAUGAACCUGGUGGUGUCGGACCUGCUCUUCGUCCUCACACUGCCAUUACGAGUCUUCUACUUCAUCAACGAGAACUGGCCCUUUGGCAGUCUGCUCUGCAAACUGUCCGCCUCGCUCUUCUACACCAACAUGUACGGCAGCAUCCUCUUUCUCACCUGCAUCAGCGUGGACCGCUUCCUGGCCAUCGUUUACCCCUUCCAGUCCAGGAUGGUGCGCACCAAACGAAACGCAAAGAUUGUGUGCUGCGCCGUGUGGGUGCUGGUUCUGGCCGGAAGCCUGCCCACGGGAUUCCUGCUGGAGACCACCUUCCCCAGGAGUGCGAACUCCACCCGCCAGUACUGCUUUGAGAACUUCUCCCCCAAGCAGUGGAAGUCCCACCUCUCCAAGGUGGUGGUCUUCAUCGAGACGGUAGGCUUCCUCAUCCCGCUGCUGCUCAACGUAUUCUGCUCUGUCAUGGUCCUGCAGACACUGCGCCGCCCUCGCACCCUCAACCGGGGCGGCCGGAUGAACAAAGGCAAGAUCCUGCGCAUGAUCGUGGUGCACCUCCUCAUCUUCUGCUUCUGCUUUAUCCCCUACAACGUCAACCUGGUGUUCUACGCCAUGGUCCGCACCAAGGCCCUCAAGGGCUGCAUGGCCGAGUCUGUGGUCAGGACAAUCUACCCCAUUGCCCUCUGCAUCGCCGUGUCCAACUGUUGCUUUGACCCCAUUGUCUACUACUUUACCUCUGAGACUAUCCAGAACUCCAUCAAGCGCAAAUCCCAGGUCAGUCGUUCCUACGACAUCAAGUUCUCUGAGGCCCUGCAGUCCGAGACCAGCUCCGCCUUCCACAGCCUGAGGACUCUAAAAACUAAGAUGUUCAGCAACGAGUCCACUGUGUGAGGUCAGCUCUGGAUAGACAGUACAGAGGUCACAUAACCCAUGGUUGUGUGUGUAAGAAAUUUCUAACCUCUACGAGGUUUGGGGGGCAGGAGUGGACUCCCAAAACACCAGUAAGAGGAGCAGCAGUGGGAUAUAUAUUCCAUCCACAGGGAGAGGGAAAAACCCCAUAUUUUCAUUGUCUGCUCCUUCUCAUCUGCAAAGUGGCAGUUUCAAUCAUAUUUUUGACCCUAUGGCAUGGGAUUCUGGUUCUUUUCAGUGGUCGAUUUACAACUGUCAUAUUGCAUCACCACGUGGAAUAUAGUUGUAUUUUGCACAACAAUUGUGCCUUGACAGUUAUACACUUUCAAACAAAAAAAAAACUAUUGGAAUGAAAUCGGAGCACUGGAGCUACUUGUGUACUGUGUAUAAGUGAAUGAAUCUCAAUUCUUUGUGUUCCAUGGUAAGUUGAUGUCCUGUGGUUGUGUCAAUUUCAGACAAUGAUUCUGUUCAAUUAAACUCAAUAUGUAAGACCAACCUAUAAUCUGCUUUAAUUGGGUUGUUUCAUGUUAUUCUGGACACUGGUCUGUGGUAAAGCAGUACUACCAAUGAGCUCUGUGCACUGUACAUACCUUCUGGAGCAGAGGACUGCUUAGCUGCUCAGGAAGGAGCCUUUUGUUUCAACAUUUGCAUUAUGGGCACUUUAUUUUACAUUACAUGCUGUACAAUGCACUGGCAUGCAAUAUGCAUAAAUAUUGCAUUGUUAAGUUAUUUUGAAAAUAAAGCCAAAGUAUCUUGCGUGUGUUCAGUUACGUUGAUAUACUGAAUCUGAAAUGAGUGAGCGGGUAUUAUUCAGGUUAUUAUUCAGAUGUGCAGAGGGGCUGUGUAAAAGCUGCAAAUGCAGUUUUUGCUGAUGUCUGGAACGGUUCAAGUAGUCAGCUGUUGUUUGUUCUAAUGACAUGCUAUUCUGAAUAUUGCAGAGGGUGUUGUGAGUAACUAGCAGUUACACUACUUGUUUUUGUGGUAUAGCUAUAUUCCACUGAUCACUGAUUUUGUUUGCAAUUUGUGUUUUACAUUUCUAUAUUUUAUUGUCACUCUACCCCAAGUGUAAUAUUUUGGUGAGAAGCAAAGGUCAUUUUAAGCAGUCAAAAUGUAACGGGCAAAAAUUUCAUGCAGUGUUGAAAGCAAUGUGCUUCAAACUUACCCUUGAAAACCAUGACAGACAUAGUCAUGAGUAUGUCAUGAGGGGCUAAGUACCCUCCAUAUUCAUUAUGCAUGAUCAGCAUUAAAGAAAGCAUU